GACAACACACACACACACACACAGACAACACACACCCCCAGAGCCGCUCGGCGGAGCAGAGCGGGCACCAAAGCGGAGUGGCAGGCGCCGGCUGCUUUGAGAACGCCGCUCCGGCAAACACCCCCCGGCUGGGCGCCCCUCGAAGGCCAGACCACUAGAUUGCCAGGAUUGGAAGACGGCCGAGUGAAUCAUCAUCGGCUCCGUGGAAUAGACCGUGGCUGCUGCCCUUCUAAGGAGAUGGGAUGGUGAUCUCUCACCUCCCUCCCUUCCAGGGACUCUUCUCACAAAAGAAUCCAGGCUGUUGAGGCGAAUCAUGGUGACAGUGGAUCUGAUAUAUGCACACACUCCACCAUAACCUCCAGCUGUCAGGGCAGUGGCAACAUGGUCUGAAUGAAAAAGGCAAAGCCCCCAAAGAAGUGAUGAGCAAUGAUCCUCUGAAAGCCCCGGCAGUCAGUGCAGAUGCCUCAAGUCCAGCUGACCAGAGAAGUGCAUCGCCGUCUCCUGUAAAACAGCAUUCGUUCAUCUAAGGCAUCUCCCGUCCAAACUGCUCCAACCCGUCCAAGUUACUCUACGAAUGGCUACUCAAAGGAAGCACUUGGUGAAAGAUUUCAACCCUCACAUCACCUGUUACCUUUGUAAAGGGUAUCUCAUCAAGCCAACCACCGUGACCGAGUGCCUCCACACCUUUUGUAAGACUUGUAUUGUCCAGCACUUUGAAGACAGUAAUGACUGCCCAAGGUGUGGUAAUCAGGUGCAUGAGACAAAUCCAUUAGAAAUGUUACGGUUGGACAAUACAUUAGAGGAAAUUAUAUUUAAGCUGGUUCCUGGACUUCGAGAGCAGGAACUUCAGCGAGAGACAGAAUUUUGGAAGAAAAAUAAACCUCAAGAAAAUGGACAAGGUGAAACUUCAAAAGCUGACAAACCCAAAGUAGAUCAAGAUGGUGAAGAAAAUGAUGAAGAUAAAGACUAUCAUAGAAGCGACCCACAGAUUGCCAUCUGCCUUGAUUGCUUGCGUAAUAAUGGACAAUCAGGAGACAACAUAGUAAAGGGUUUGAUGAAGAAAUUUAUCCGCUGUUCUACACGAGUGACUGUGGGAACUAUUAAAAAAUUUCUAAGCUUAAAACUAAAGCUUCCAAGUUCUUAUGAGCUGGAUGUACUAUGCAAUGGGGAAAUUAUGGGGAAGGACCAUACUAUGGAAUUCAUCUAUAUGACAAGAUGGCGACUAAGAGGAGAAAAUUUUCGGUGUCUGAACUGCUCAGCUUCGCAAGUCUGCUCACAGGAUGGCCCUUUUUAUCAGUCUUAUCCAAUGGUACUGCAGUAUCGACCAAGAAUUGAUUUCGGCUAGCCAAAGGGCCUAAAUCCCAGUGAACUGACUCCUGCACUAUUUGUUUACCUUUCAACAGAUUGCACAAAUGAAUGGGUGGGCCUGAGCUAGGCAUAUCUGGCACAACCAGAAUUUCAGCAUGCAAAUAAGAACGUUCUCUUUCAAUCGUCAUAGCCGUCUUUGUCGUUUCUAUUAGAGCAAGACAAGUGUCAUUCUGCUACUGAAAUGCCUGCAUAAGAUUGUUGUGCUCUCUUACCGGUGUACCCAAGUUGUAGUCAAAAUCAAUCAAUUGUACAGUCAACAUUCAGUCUUCUCAAUAUUUUGCUCGCCUGUUACAAGGUUGUUCUGGUCCUACUGUUGAUUACACUAGCAAAAUGACAGUGUCCAAUCUUUGUGGUGUUGCAGUUUUCACAUAUUUACUAUUUUAUCGAGUCAUGUUUAAAAUAGUAGAGUACCUUUCAAGGACUUGGGAAUUAUAUAUUGAAAUCAUUUUGUUUAGAAAGACGAUAUUUAGACAUGUGGUCGGUGGACCACUAUCUCGUUCUUGUUAAGCUUCUUAUGGGUACAGGUACAGCUCACUCAUAGGUGUGCAAGAGUCCUUUUCCAGUGGAUGUUGAUAUACUUGAGGUAAAAGCAGACCACAACCUAAUUGUAGAUUCAUUUUUAUUUUGUCUGAGUCGUCUACCAGUAGCACAGGAAGGCCUGUUGGUCUUCUUGAAUGAAAAUGUUUGUGACUUGUGUGAGAACUGAACUCUGAUUAACACCUACCCCAGGAUAUUGGCAGCUGAUCGCUUAGAGUAAAAUGAAUAUGUCAGUGAGGUCACUCCCUUCAUCAAAUGCCUUAUGGACAAGCAGUGCUGCUUGCUGAAGCAUCUUUUUUUUUUUAAGACUCCUUAGUUGGUUGCUGUUCAAAUGAAUGAGUUAUUUGUCGACACACACACACAAGAAAAAGAUUGGCCUUAGGAAUAUGUCAUUGUUGCCAUGCAAAAGGUUAUAAGUUGAAUUAACAUUAAAUGUUACAAUCCGUAGACCUGAUGGCUAGAUAUUUUGUGGCUUUUCUUUCCAGAAUCCUAAAGCAAACCUAGAUGAACAUUUUUAGUUGAAUGUCAUGUUUUCAAGUCUAUGCCUAAAGCUAGAGGCCAUGCGAUAUGGAAGAUUUAUAGUCUCACCAAAAUAAAAGGUGGGUAUGGGCAUUUCAUUUUAGAUACUGUAAGAAUAGAGAAAAUGGGGUUUUUGCCUUAUCUAUUUUAGGGAACUUAGCAGUAUUAAGGUUCAUGCUGAAAUGGCAUCCUUAAUAUUACCGCUCUCGUAUUGUAGUCUUCCAUUCAUUUCUGCUCAGUUUACAAGUCCAAACAAGUCUUAUUUUGAAGUCUACCGAGAAUAAAACUGUGCUUUCUAAUACAAUUCAAGUUACCAGCAUUUUUAGAUUUUCUUAGUUUCUUUGUGAUCAAAAAGGGGUAAUUGAGUCUUUGAAAGUAAGUUGAAUUAGUUACUUAGAAAAGCAAAAAAAAAAAGCAAAAAAAAAAAACCUUUAAGGGGGAGAGCACAGAAGUUAAAAAUAGGCUUUACCUGCUUUAGAAGUUUGAAAUGAGCAGUUUCUGUUAGACACCCAGUAUAUAUAUUCUAUAUACUCGGAAUAUAAAUAUCUCAAAAGUAUAUUUUCAGGUAGUGCCUCCAGAAUCACAAAAACAUACUUUAGUAUUAGGAAAUACCAUAGAAUAACAAAAUAUUUUAAAAAACCUAAAUUUAUAUAUUCUGCACAAUGUCAUUUCAUAAUAGUGUUUUCACCAAUUUUUAAAAGUUAAAAGAUGUAUUUCAAAGUUCUUAAAAUGUUUUGGUCAGGAAAUUAAAGAUACAUUUAAAGCUUCAAGCUGCCAGCUUCUUGAGUGGUUCCUUGGGCGUAGGUACUUAUUUAUGAUUACCCAUUAAGAGGAGAUUUAAAACACCAUGAGUUAGUGAAUAGUCCUUGAUAGUUUGAAAAGGAUUUUAACACAACUACAAAAAAUAGUUUGCCCUUUUCUCAGACCCACUUAUACCUUGAAUAGCCCAAACAGGGGGGAAAAAAUCAGAAAAAUUUGUCAUAUCCCUUUGAGUAAACUACUUAUGUUGCUCCGAAUUGAAAGUAAUUUUUAUUUUAUUAGCUAAUCUGACCCAGAGGUAGAUUAGAACGGGUGACUUCUUUUACUAACAAGGAAAGCUGGAGACUGAGGUAUUUCCAUAUUUCCAGUCAAGAAUCAGAGCCUUAAAUAUAUUCCUACGUGCUUAAUCUCUUUGGCUGCUUAAAGUGUUUGGUAUUCUGUCAAGAUUGCAUAUUGUCCUAAAACUUAUCUUUAUGGAAUAUACACCAAGCAAUUUCAAAUGUAUAUGGACAGUCAUUGGUUAAAAUAUGUUCAUCUAGGGUUUAUGUGCCCCACGCCUAUUGAAAUUUAAUUAUGCCUGUUGACAAAUUUGCCAAAAAUACUGAAGAAUGCUCUUGGAGCGGGGAGAGAUAAAAAAGGCAGUUAAACUGGCAGUUUAAACAGGGUAUUUCAGGGGGACAGAAAAAUGGUCACAUGGCCGGAAUUUCAAAGAAAUUUUGUGGGAAGCCACACCUGCCCUUUUUCCAAAAUAGUGCAUGAUUACACUUACCACUGUUUUGGUCAGGUCAGAAACGACACUGCGGGUAUAAACUACUUGCAUGUCCACUAACUGCACAUGUUCAGAAAGGUUGGCCCCAUCAAUCAGUCUUUUCUAUUUGCAAAAGCUGAGAUGCAAGAGGUGAGAAAUCAGUUUUUGAAGUUUAUUGGAAAGUUAUCUCAGUGGCUCCAAGAGAGCAUCACCUCCAUGGAAUCUGUCUGGAAACGGACCGAGAAGGUUAGAAGCUUGAAAAUGCAAAUUCAACCGUAGGCAGUCCUGCUGAAACUAUUCCAUUGCCUAGAUAAAGUAGCAAUAAACUAAAGGGCCAUAACCUUCCCCCUCUGCCCCCUCUCCCAUUCCAGAAAAGACAGUUGUUUUUUUAAUCUGUUUUAAUUACCUUAGGAAAAACCCCUAAAUAUGUACAGUAUAUACAAAAAAUUUGAGUGGUAGAGGAUAUUUGCUUUCUCCAGUCAUCUCAUUGUUUGAAUUGGGUAAGUGCAAGUACCAUCAAAUUAACCAGGUGUUAAUAGAAGAAUAACAGAAGCACAUAACCUGAUUUAAGGAGAAAAAGAUCUUGCAAACUCAUAAAAAAAAUUGUGUAAUAUCUUUUCAUUGUAUUAAGAAGGAUAUGUUAUGUACCUUUCCACUGUUACAAAAAAAAAAAUCCAUCCUUUACUAACGUGCCACAUUUUAUAUCGGUAAAUGAAUACUUUCAAGUAUGACGUACCAUUCAGAUAAAGUUUAAAUUUUAACUGAUUUAAUUUUUAACUGAUUAUUUAAUUGAAAGAAAACCAGAUGUUUAUAUUAUAUAAUAUUGUGACUAACGCUUUAGCUUUAUUGAAAAUGUUGAGAAAGUGCCUCAUUGCUAAAACCACAUAUCUGUGUUUUAGAAUUAAUACGUGCAUUUUGAUUGAAAUAUUUUUGUUCCUCUCUUAUGAAUAGUUUCGUUAUUUAAAAUAGAAAGCUUUCUUAAAAAAGAUAUGUUUAGGAAAAAAAAAGUUCCUUUCUUUAGAGCAUUUAAAACGAAUAGUUAUCACCAAAGAAAUGUUUAUUGUUAAUUGGGUUACCGUGUCUGGAAAUACAGUUUGAACAAGUUGCAAACUGGAAACAGGUUGAAUCUUGGGUUGAUUUAAUUUUAUAUGUGGUUAGACAAAUAAUUUUUAUUGGUUUCUGUUAACAUUCACCAAAGAGAGGCUUUAGACUGAAUUCGCCUGAUGAGACCAGUCUGUUGCAGGUUUCCUUGCAAUAACCUCAGUUUGUUUUUUUGGGUUUUUUUCUGCCUGCUGGUUUCAGUCGAGUUGAACCCUGGCAGACUAAAAUAUAUCCCCAAAGAACAGAGAAAUGAGCACAAUUGUCUAUCCAUCUUUUCUGGAAAUGAUAUAUGGUGAACAGGGUUCAGAUAAAGAGGUAAUGGCAGUAGACUAUAUAUUUAAUUCCUGUAUAACUUUUUAUGGUACUGAUAUUUACAUUGAAACUUUAAGCAAAUGGAAGCCAAGAAUUUUCACAUCAAGGGGAGGAGCAUCUAUUUUUGAGAUGGCAGCCCAUUCUGGAACUUGUCUGUUAAUCGGUAAUGGCAUUUUAUCAGUUAGGUAAAGAAAAAAGUCGGUACCUUUAUAAAAAGCAACAGAAUUCCAGGUAGCUAAAAAAAAAACAAAACAAAAUACAUCUUUUUCUGUCAUUCAGUAGUCGAGAGCCUGUUUUAAAAAUCCACUGUGUGCUAAAAAUUCCUGCGAGUUCAGGUGUAUGGAAUCUACCGUGGCAAAAAUAGAUUUAAAGAGCAACUUUUUUCCAGUCUAAAGAAGUAGGAUGAUAUUCUGGUUAAUUAUCUGUAAAAUCAGAUAUCAGUUUGAUUUAAAAGAGCUGCCAAAUUUGGAGUCGGUUUCCUCUCAGAGAAGACAAGAAGAAUAGAGAUGGUGUUAGGUUUACAGUUAUUUUUCUAUCUUUAAGCCCUGUACGUAAAGACAAAAAUCAUUGAGCAAGAGUGAGCACAGGGAUUGCAUGACACAUGUUUUGGAAACAGAUAAAAUUCUUAAAAGUGGUGUCCAUCUCUUAUCCCUUCCAAAGCACAAUAAGGUUACCAGCUACUUUUAGAUUUUCUUGGCCUGGUUCAAUAAAACUUUACUGGGGAGGGAAGGUUUGACAUUUCAGAAAAAUAUAUAAAAGUGCACUGUGUUGGCUGUAAUAGCAUUUUUUUUUGAAGCGAUGGAGGUGCUCUCAAUAAAUUUCAAAUUAUUGAUAGUAAAAAUUAAAAAUACAGUUCUCUUUUGCAUAGUGUAGUAAGUGCAGCUGUCACGUUGGUAGUAUUGCCUACCGUCUGCUGUAGAUUUUAAAAUAAAAUAUUGUGAGAGAUUAGACAUUCAGGAUAGUUUCAAAUAACAAUUAAAUGGUAAGUCAGGAAACGUUCUCAUGUUUUCACGAAUCAGUUAAGAAUUUGUUUCUGGAAUUGAAAUUGAAGAAUUUCAGAUCUCCCAAUCAGAGUUGAAAAUGGGGCUUGACGUUCAAAUCAUCUUAUUUUUACACGACAGGGGUUUCAUUUUCUUCUUUCACAGAGUCCCCAAGCUCUCCUUCAUGCACCGUGCGACUAGUCACAUAAAUGGUAGUUCUGCCCCUGGGGCCUGGAACAGAGUGGGGCUUCGGAUCACUUUUGUUGUUUUUCAAGAGAGAGAAGAGGGGGGCUAAGUGAUCUCAGCUAAGCCAAGACCCUAGUAGCGACAAGAAAGAAGCUGGAAAAGGCCGCGUGGGCAGUACCGGCAUCCUAAUGCUUCCUCGCAUCUGGUCAGCGCUCUAGUGAUUGUCAGUUUUUUGGCAUUACGGCCCUCACAUCCAAUACUGAAAGAAAUAUACCAGACUAUAGCGUAGAGUCAUGUUAUGUUGCUAAUUUUCUUUUAAAAUCUAAAAUAUUUUAAGCUUUUUGUCAAAAGUGGUAACAUCUAAAUACAAAUAAACCUUUUUGUGGUUGUAAAAUUUAGCUUAUGAAUCAUUCAAAUUGAAGUGAAAAAAAAAAUACCAGGUCAUUGUUAAUGACUUAGUCUAUCCUAUUAUUAAAAAAUAUAUGUAUUUUUGUAAAGGAAAAGCACUUGUAGAUAUUUAAUCAGUCCAAGAUAGAGCUAUGUUGGUUUUGCAGAAAUAAAAUGCUGCUUAGAAAAUCACUUAAAUAUUUUUUUAUUUUUGUGCUCAAAUGUAUUUUCUGUUGAUUUAUGGAAUGUUCUGUAUAAAGCUGUAUAGUUGUUACAGUUGGGCUAAAUACAUUUUUUAUCUGGAUUUUGCCAAGUAUAUCUGACCAUGCUACAAAUAGUAUCUUUGUUAUUAAAACUCCGAUUGCAUAAUA